CUUCUUCAUCACCUCGAGGCAGCAAAGACCAAAAAAAACCGCCUCGGCUACCCAUCCUAAACAGUGAGUUUUAACUUUUGAUGCUUCCUCCGGUCCGUCGCGCUUGUCUUGAGGGGUCACAGGAUGACUUUUUAUUAUGUACCACCCUAGUCCCUAGCGAGGGCUAGGCAUGAAAAUUAGUAUAAAUCAUUUCCGCGCUGUAUGCGAGGCUCACCUCGCGAUUCACGAUGAUUUCAGAAGAAACCUCUUUGCUCACGUCCAGUACGCAUGAAGCCAUUUAUAAUAGGUUCAAGCCAGAUCAGAAGAGGUGGAUCGUGUUCCUCGUUUCUAUAGUGGGUUUAUUGCCGAUGUUCGUCUCAGCUACAUUCGUGCCUUCCAUCCCUCAAAUAGCCAAAGAUCUCAAUUCGACACAUGCUAUCGUAAGCUUGACCGUCAGUUUGUCGAUCUUUGCGAGUGCUGUCGGAGCGUUGGUUUGGGCAUCGUAUUCCUCUUUCUUCCUGCAGAUGGACGCCGAUCGAUGUAUUUGUGCGGAAUUCCGUUUUUAUGCAUCGGGAGCUGUGACAUUUGGCUGCUCUGGGGGAAUGUCGUUGGGUGCUGGUGUCAUUGGCGACAUUUAUAAAUUGGAGGAGAGGGGGACUGCUAUUGGGAUAUUCUUCGGUGCCACGCUUUUUGGAUUCGCUGUUGCCCCGUUUCUUGGUGGUGCUGCGGCACAGUACUGGUCCUGGCGUAAUUUGCACUAUUCCCUUGGUGCAUGGGGCUUGUUUGAGAUCCUUCUGAUAUACCUUGCGUUUCCUGAGACGAGCCAUCCCGGUACAAUGGGCAUUGAUAAACUGACGCGCAGGAGAUGGAUCCAUAUCACAUGGGUCAAUCCUCUGAGUAGUUUGUGGCUGCUUCGCAGUCCGAACCUAUUUGCGGUUAUGCUUGCGUCGAGUCUUGUGCUCAUUAGUGACUAUGUUCUCCUUGUACCGCUGGCGUAUACCAUUGGCGUCCGGUACGGCAUCGCGAACGAGGCCAUCAUCGGAGCGUGUUUUCUCCCCAACGGACUGGGAAACUUCAUCGGGGCCCCGCUUGCUGGCCGCCUGUCGGAUAUCGUCGUCAGAAGAUGGCGAGAGAAGCGCAAAGGAGUAUGGUUUCCAGAAGACCGCUUGAGAGCGACAUGGAUCGGAGGUCUAUUUAUGGUGCCAUUGUCCAUUGGGGCGUCGGGGCUGAUCACGACGUAUGUUGGUGGUCCCAUCGGCCUUUCAUUAAAUUUAUUGUGUCUUUAUCUGAAUGGAAUGGGGGUCGACUUCGUGUUGAACCCAAUUGGUUCUUAUAAUGUGGAUGUAGUGCACUCUCGAAGCGCAGAGAUCACAGCAGCUAGCGUAGCGAUCAGAUCACUUAUUCUAUCUGCUGCGACUGCUCUCGUCAUCCCAUCAAUCGAGCACAUAGGUGUUGGGUGGACGGACAUCAUCGCUGCUAUCCUUGCGCUCAUCGGACAAGGGUGA